GCCAUCGGUCAGGUUUCGCAAGUACCAAGUCUUUGCUGUCGUUUCAUUCUGGUCCUACUAUCUAUACAANNGGGUAACCCUCACGGCCCACCGUACAUUCGUCGCAUCUCCAAACUCCUAUCUUCCCGCCUGACAGCCUGGCACACGGUUGUCUUGACUCUGAUAUAUCUAUACAUCACCCGAAACUUUAGCAAGCUCGUAGGCCUCGAGUGCCCGGAACCGCUUGCAAACCUCUACACACGAUCGUACUUCCGGGCGACAUGGGUCACAACAGCGUUGGAUGCUGGCUUUUGGACGGCCAUGAAUCUACGUCCUGUAUGGCUGAAGGACUUGGCCAGUCUUGUCUUUUCGGUCUACUACCUCAUCUGUGCCGAGCAAGCAGAUGAAAAGGUACGCAGAGUAAGAGCUGGCUUGACAUUGGAGCACUUGAGAGUCAGCUGGAACAAGCCCAAUACACCAUACAUCAACUUCUUCGGCAAGCUGAUGCGUCCGAAAUUGAUGCGCUAUCCGCCACGCGCCAUUCGCAUACCCAGACCUAGACAAAGCAGUUAUGACGAGCCUAUUCAGGCUUGGCUAUACUUUGACGGUCCUAUCAGUGAUCUCAAGAAUCAUGACAAGAUCGUGCUCGACAUCCCGGGCGGUGGAUUCGUUGCAAUGGACCCAAGAGCACAUGAUGACAAACUGUUAGCCUGGGGAGCAAGAACAGGCUUGCCUGUGUUAGCGUUGGACUACAAAAAAGCCCCUGAAUAUCCUUACCCUUACGCCCUGAACGAGUGUUACGACACAUAUCACACCCUGGUUACGACCAAAGGACAAUGCAUAGGUCUUUCUGGAGAGAUCAUGCCUAAGAUUGUCGUCAGUGGAGAUAGCGCAGGCGGCAAUCUUGCUGUUGGUCUUAUCCUCAUGAUCCUACAGUCCGGAAGUACUGCAACCCGACGCUGGCAAGGCGAGACAUCGCUUCCCGUACCCGAAGGCGCAGUCCUUGUCUAUCCAGCUCUCGACAUGAACAUUGGCAACUGGAUGACAGACGAACAAAUGUCUCUGAUCAAAGACCGCAAGAUGCGCAAGACCAACAGAGGCGUUCUAAGCAGAAAGAGUGACGACUACAGGAAACUAACACCAAACACUCCACAUGGUUCCGAAGAUGAAGAGGACGAUGUCAGUCCGCCAAAGACGAAGCGAACGAACACGGCAGUACAGCAGUUGACUGACAAACCCAUCGUCGCCUCACCUACGGAGGCCCACACUAGUGCUGCUCAUACCAUCGAUGCUGCACCCACAGCACCUGUACCUCAAAUGCUGCGUACUCGGCUCGCAAUGUCAUCCAUGAUAUCCUACUUCAACGACCGCGUCCUGACACCCGAAAUGAUGCGCGCCAUGAUCAUCUUAUACAUCGGUCCCCACUCACGCCCAGACUUUUCAACAGACUAUCUCCUCUCCCCACUCCUCGCACCCGAAGCCCUCCUCACCCGCUUCCCAAAAACCUACAUGAUGACCGGCGAGCGCGAUCCCCUCGUCGACGACACGGUCAUCUUCGCAGGCCGCCUAAAGCAAGCCAAACUCGCUCACUGGAACAACCGCAAAGAAUUGGGUUUGGUGCGCGAAAGAGACGUCUUUGUGGAUACAGAUCAUGUCAAUGUGGUUUUGAUCCCUGGCAUCUCGCAUGGCUUUUUGCAGUUUGCGGGUAUUUUUCCAGCGGGCUGGAAAUACAUCUCGAGAUGCUCACGCUGGAUGGCGGAUCUGUUCCGGGAGGCUGACUUGCGUGCCGGACUAGACGAGGAAGGGGAAGAGACAGAUUACUUUGGCAAUGAAGCUGGAUCGGGAAUCAAGAAGAGCAAUGGGAUUAGACAUCAUCGCCGUAUGCCUACUGAAUCUUCAGGUGAUGAGGAUAGGCCACUUGAGAUGAGUACUCUGAAUGGUGGUGCUCGGACAAGCCCGAAAAAGAAGGGUAGUCCAAGAGGUGGCGGUCGAGCUGUAAGGGGAGCCAGAAAUGAGCGACCUAGGAAUCAAAGGAUGAAGAGUCUGGUCAGCUUGGCUAGUGAAGAUGAUCUGUUGGGUAGAAGGAUGAAGGGCUUGACUGGUAACCUGAUGGGUGAUGGAGGUAUGCCUCAGACUCCAUAG